AUGGUGGCCUACGUAGACGAUAUACUAGUAAAGAGUCGGGAGGAAAUCAAUCAUGUCGGGGACUUGGCCGACUGCUUUCAGGUAAUGCUUAAAUACAAUUUACGGCUUAAUCCGAAAAAUUGUGCUUUCGCCGUGCAAGGUGGGAAGUUCUUAGGGUAUAUGGUUACCAAGAGGGGCAUCGAGCUCAACCCUGAGAAGGUACAGGCCAUUAUGGAUAUGCAGCCUCCCAACACCGUUAAAGACCUACAGCGGUUGACUGGUCGACUGGCUGCCCUGAGUUGCUUCCUAAGCAAGUCGGCGGACAAGACCGUGCCCUUUUUUGAGGUUAUGAAGAGGAAGGAGGGUUUCGUGUGGACCGCCGAGUGCCAGCAAUCAUUCGAAGAGCUGAAAAAAUACCUUUCUACACCUCCGGUACUGUCCACCCCUCAGGUUGGUGAGCCAUUGUUUUUGUAUUUAGCAACAUCCCUUAGGGCGGUAAGUUCGGUGCUUAUUCGAGAGGAGGAACGUACUCAGCACCCGGUAUACUAUGUAAGUCGUUCUUUGAAAUCAGCUGAAAUGCGAUACACGCCCUUGGAGAAAAUCGUUUACGCUUUGGUGAUCACCGUGCGAGAAGACGACAAAGACGCCAUCUUGGAGGAUGGCCCCGGCGAAUGGUGGGAGAUGCACGUGGAUGGAGCGACGAGUCGCCAACAUUGCGGCGGCGGAGUCAUGUUGAUUACCCUAGAAGGGUUCAGGCUUUAUUACGCCCUGAGCUAUUUAUUCCAGACAUCUAACAAUGAGGGCGAAUAUGAAGCUGUAUUGGGAGGUCUACGACUCACCAAGACAUUAGGGGUAGGAUGCCUACGAAUCAAGACUGACUCUCGUCUGGUGGUGGGACAAGUGUCCGGGACCUGCGAAGCUAAAAACGCCCGGAUGGCUCAAUAUAAGGAGAAGACGGUAGAGCUACUGAAGGGAUUUGGCGCCUACGAGAUAGAGUAUAUCUCGCGAGCCGACAACACAGAAGCAGACAUACUGUCGAAGAUCGCUCUAGAAGGCGUGCUGGAUCAUCUUGUCAGAAUCUGCCAAAAGGACGAACUGGGAGAACUGCCGGAGGACCCCGGAGUCGCCGCCCGGGUCCGCCGCAAGGCUCCGUCGUUCGAGAUUAUCGAUGGACAAUUGUACAAACGGUCGUUUGGGGGUCCCCUCCUCAAAUGCUUACUCAGAUCUGAGCCAGAGAAAAUAAUGGACGAGGCUCAUCGUGGAAUCUGCGCGGCCCACCAGGGCACCCACACUCUCACCCGGAAGCUGGUUGUUCAAGGCUACUAUUGGCCCACUAUGAUGAGAGACUGCAUCGAGUGGAUAGCCAAAUGCGGGAUUUGCUAA